AGAAACGAAAAAAUUCCAGCUCCAAAAAAUAAAAAAUGGCGGGAUCAGCUUUGGCCAUAACCAUCACCAACAAGGAGAGUGCGAACCAAGCAUUCGACGUAUGGCAGGUUUCAUCAACUGCAGCUCAUCCGCUUCUAAUAGCACUUAUCCUUUUCCGGUGCCGGUUCCGAAGCAUCGCCUCUGCGGCUCCUAGAUUUUCUCGCCCACCGCCGCAUCCGUCAAGCUCAUCUACAAGAGAACUCUCCGGAAUGGAUGGCGCGGUUUUCGCCCUCUCUCUCGAUCAAAAACCCUUGAGCUGCUUUACAUCUCGAAGUUCAUGGCCUCAAAUAUCAUGCUUAUCGGGGUUUCAGGCAAGGGGAAGCGGGGCCAUCUUUUUGAGCUAUAAAGACGGUGCUGGCUAGGCAAGCAAGGGAAACAUAUGUUUAUCUCAUUAUCUUUUAUUAUUUUGUUGUUUGAAUUUAGUUACUUUUCUCACCAAGUCAAACAGGAAGAGCAACCAUAUCUUUAGGAUUGUAGGUGAAGAUGCCAAGGAUGAUAAUUCAAGAGCAAUAGACUUUUCUCUGGCAGUGGAGAGUAGUGGUGAUAACUGAAUCACUUACCGAAAGAGACCACAUUGCUUCAUGAAGUUCUUACACUGAACUUUGUAGUUGCAUAAAUUUUAGCAUGAUUUUAAUUUCAACUUCAAAUCAUCGUAUAUGGCUUCAUAGUUAUGCUCCCAUUAUAGGAUCACUGUACAGCUUUAACAGCAUAAUUUUCCCACAGAAUAUCUAUGUGCACGAUUAUCAGA